GGCGAUAACAUGGCGGUCGCUCUCUACCCUGCAACCUGAGAGCUCGUAAUAUUUUCUCUCUUUUUCGGUCCCGUGUUGCAUUACGACGCGUGACGCACCUGUUGGUUAACACUUGCAUGCAUCUCCUGUGGCCACCAAAAUGCGACAAACGUCCCCAUCCCAGGAUUUGGAGGCCCGCUUCUCCGUCUUCCUCAACCCCAUUCGUGACCUGACCAAAAACUGGGAAGUGGACAUAGCAAAGUAUCUAGAGGAGUACCUUGAGGAACUGGCAGAAGUACAAAUUACUUUCGAUGGAGGGGAAACGAUGAUGAACUUUGCUGAGGCAGCCAUGUUGAUACAGGGCUCAGCCACAGUGUACAGCAAAAAGGUGGAGUUCCUCUGGCAGAUGGUGCUGCAAAUGUUGGACCUGCUCUCCAGCCGGCGGGGUGUGGAGAUGGGCGGCCCAGCAGGUGGAAAAGACCUAGGGGGAGGUGGAGGAGGCAAGGCCAUUCUUGACGCAAGCAUCGAGUUUCAGUCAGUGGACAACAUCAGGGAGGGACGGAAUAUCAACAUGCGUGAGGAGGAUGAACUGGAGGAAGAUGACGACUAUCGCCAUAAACACUUCAAAAGAGGGAUGGCUGUGUAUAACGUGGGCUCAGCUCAGCAACCCAGGUAUAUUUGGAUCAGUCGAGAGAAAAGAAGAUUCAUGCCGGCCACUCCCCUUCACCUGGUGGAGAAGGAAGGCGAAAAGUCCCAGUAUCGUAUCAACCUACUGAUGAAGAACAGUGAGAUGUUUGGUGCUAAAGACGACUUCAGAAUCAACCGGUCGUAUGUCACACCCAUGGGAAUGCUGUGCCUCGAGGUGCCAGCCGAGAUCCUGCGUGAGGCAGCCAAUGUCCUCUUUGUCUCCUCGGCUGUCCCCGAGCCUCAGAAAGAAAAUGUGGAGGCAGGGGAGAGGCUCACAGGACCUGAGAGCGACAAAGAAAUCCCAGUCACCCAAGUGGAUCCCCCUGCAGCAGAGCUUUUCCCACCGGAACCGGACGUGCCUCUGGGGCCUGUGGAAGCAGAAGCAGAUGAUGGUGAUGGCAUUGAUGCAGAUGACGGGGCAGUGGACUUGGACAAUGACUUGGGACCAGCUAUACAGGAGGAAGAGCAGCCCAUGGAGGUGGAGAAAGAGGGAGAAGAGAAGAAGGACAAGAGUAAAGAUCAGGAGAACAACAUCAACAACAAUUUGACAGUCAUUGACCUCCCCAAUGGAAGGUACGGGCUAAGACGGCGAGGAGGGCAGGAGAAGGAAGUUAUCGCGAAGUUGAAAUUAACAGACACCUGGAAGCCACAAGAUCCCCAUGCAGUGACCCCUGCCAAGCGGCCUAUAAGAGCAGGGCGCCUGCGGAAGCCCCUGCCGUGCACCUGUCACCGGACUGCCCCAUCCCGAUCUCGGCCAAAGAAGGCAAAGAACAAAGAGAAUAAGGAGAACACAGAAGAUGAUGAGAAGAAGGUGGAGAAGAGUCUUCCAUCCAUUGAGACCUUUGUCACAAAUGGCAUAGUGGAUACAUCCAGCAAAAACAGGAAGGUACCUCUGGAGCUGCAGGAGGAGGCGGAGUCAGAGGCUGCAAAAAGGCUAGAGUUGAGCAAGAAGAAGAGAGUGAAGGAGCUGCUGAAGGAUGGCAUUGCAACUGACCCAGAAGAGGCAGCCCAGAAGGUGUUGGAGGAAACCCAGGAGAAGCAGAGAAUAGAGAAAGAGCUGGAUGACCCUGUCGACUGUGAUGGAGUAGCUGAUUUAGAUUUUGAAGAUCUUCCUGCACCUCCCAUGUUCCUCCCUGAACCCCAUGAUGGCACGAGAGAUGUUGAAGGUGGUAGUGGAAAUAAGAGAUUGAACGAGAGUCAGUUUGAUGAGCCAGGGAGCGACUAUGAAGCUCUUGUGCAAAAAUGGGUUGCUGAUUACAUCACUACUGCCCAGGGUCAAGUGAAUUCCUCAGAACUUGCAAGAAGAGUUAACAAAUGGAGAGAAAAUAUCACACCUAAAUUAAAUGAAGAAGAAGGAAGAAGAACGUUUGACAUACAUAGCUAUGGAUCACAGGUGCUAAGUUAUUUCCCAGAAAAUGGACGGAAGCAAACAGUGCCGUUUAGUCAGAUUGCCCAGAAUCAUGACUCAAAGGAAGUGUCUCGCCUGUUUCUUUCAUGUUUGAUGCUGGCGAAUACCUAUAACAUCGAGCUGAGUGAAGAGGAGCCAGGAGACUUUGCCAUGGACUGUCUGCACCUGACUCUCCUGUCUCGAGUGAGGCAUCAUGAGGAGCUGGAGGAAUAUGCGGCCCCUUCUCAAGCCUCCCCUUCCAGGCGAAAGGGACGAACCAAAGGCAAAUCAGCAACAGAGGAUGGCCUUGAUGUGUACCCUGGUGACCCUUCUCCCAUCUGUGCUGACAUAACUCAGAAAACUUUAGGUGACAACUUCCAGAUCAGAUCUAAACAGUCAAAGAAGGGUAAAGUGAAAACGAAGAGAUGACCAGAAUGACGAGUCACUUUUCUUCCUCUCAGACUAAACCUCAUUUCUCUCCAGUAUAAUUACAUAGUGAAGUACAGUGCCUUAUUUGAGAGUCUUGUAAUAAUCAUUAUUUUUCAUAUUUUCUUAAUAAUAAAUGCACAUAUGUA